AUGGCCAAUAUCUAUCGUCACAUCAAACACAGUAUUGUAUUGAAUGGGGGAGUGACAUUCUAUAAAAGUAACUGUUGCAAUGACAAGGAUCGAAGUUUACUGUUAAUCUUCAAACAAGGCAUUGUGGAUCCUUGCAAUGUCCUAUCCUCUCUUGGUUCACUGAACAAGAUUGUUGUAAAUGGCGAGGAGUUGGGUGUGAUCACAACACAGGCAGAGUCACAGCUCUCUUCCUGCAAAACGAUAAUGGUUCAGUUUCUGGUUUUGGCCUACAAUGACUUUGAACGUUUAAGCACGCCAUCUCUCGGUAAUUCUAUUGUUGCUCACAGUCACUUACCUGCAAACUUUUCAAAGCUUUCUGAAUUGAGAUUAUCAAACAAUAUUCAUCUUCACAUCGAUGAUCUUCAUUGGCUUUCUCAACUUUCUUCCCUGAAAUCUCUCGAUCUUAGUCGCACUCAUCUUCCUAUGGACACCAACAAAGAUUGCUACGGUCUUUAUCUCAGACAAUGCAACUUAAGAGGUUCAAUUCCAGAUUUUUCAGGCCAUCGAGACUUGAAUGCCUUAGAUCUAUCUAACAACAAACUUAAAGGAUCACUGCCUGAUUGGUUAGACCAACUUGACGACUUGCAAGGCCUUAAUUUAUCUACUAACUUGUUUCAUGGCUCCUUUCCCUCCAAUUUUGGAAACUUGUCAACUUCAUCAUAUUUAGAUGUUAGCUUCAAUGAUUUGAGUGGCACACUUCCAAAAAGCCUUGAGCAAACAUCCUUUUUCCUUUUGGAUUUGUCUCACAACUCAUUUAGUGGAGAUAUCUCGAAGUUGCGAUCAACAGGUUAUUAUGUAUCUAUGUCAUUUAAUAAAUUCCAAGGACAGUUUCCCCGUAUUUCGGGUAAUGCCAUUGUUCUAGAUUUGGCUUACAACUCUUUCUCUGGAUCUUUAUCUUCUCUGCUACUAUGUUACACAGAGAAUGAUACAAAUUUACUUAACUAUUUGGAUAUAUCAAAUAAUUCUCCGACUGGAAAACUUCCAGAUUGUUGGAGUAAUUGGGCAAGAUUGUCUAAGAUAUACUUAGGGAUUAAUAUGUUUUUUGGUUGUAGUUCCUCCAACAAUGGGUUCAUCAUUAGUUCAGCUAAGAGCACUAUAUUUGCAUAA